GAAUUGACUGUUUUUUUGGGGCACUGAGGGUUCAUCUAUCGUCGUGACAGUUUGACAGUUUGUCCUUUCAGUGAAAUACAUUAUUUCUGACAUUGUUUCACCAAACGGCUGGCUGAGAUGCCCGGAGGUUAGAAGUUGUAAAACCAAUCUCAACAGCUGUGUCUGUCAAGUGUAUUCAAAGUUGCAUGAAAAAGAUUCACACAUUGGUGGUUUUAAAAGGCAAAAAUGCUAUACACAUGUAUCAGAACUAUACCUCAGAUUCCACAAAUAUUGUUACAUGCUAAUUAUUAAAUAAAUCCCGAAUUACUUCAGGACCUCACUUUGUUUUACAGAUGAUGAGACAUAGCAUACCCCUGAUAAACAGGCCUAUUUUCCCCCAAGGGUGGGUAUUAUUUUGACGGUAAUCACAACAGUAUAUCAGUUCGUAUUAUCAAUUCGAUAAUCAGCCAACAACAUGUAGUAACUAUGAUUGGUUGAUUGAAGGUGUUCAUUGACUUAACUUUAAUGUCUCCGUUUAGUCUCUCAUGCACCUUUAUAACUUGUGGGUUGCUCGCUACUCUGUGUCAAAACUAUUGUGGAGCCAAAAGCAGCAGGAAAACAGUAAUUUCACUUGAUACAUAGAGAUUAGACUUUCAGUGAAUAUUUGAACUCAAAUGUCCUAAUUCAAUAUGUCUAUUAUGAGGAAUAUGUACCAUUACAUUUCUUUUUUUAAAACACUCAUGGAUAAAACAGUUUGACGUAAAUCUUAGGGGAAUGCUGUCUGCAGACCAGCAUGGUGUUUACUGAAAUGAAUGGAGUUUCUGAUAGGUAGGUUUGAUAGGUAUGAUGUGGGUUAGCAUUGGGCAGUUUGAGUGACUAAAAUGACCAUAAUGUGAAUAUGGCAGCUAAUUAAAACACCUCAAAUAUAAACAUAAAAAACACUUUUAGUUUACAGCAGUUCUUUUCCUUUUAGUAAUGAUGGUAAUGCUUAUAAGUGACCUUAUUAUCAAAUUGUAACCACCAGCAUUAUUAUUAGUAUUGGUAUUGAUCAUAGUUUUUGGUAAAAGCAUAAGGAUGUGACACAAAAACAUUAUGUACCUGAUACUGCCCUGGGCCAGUAUUUGUAGGUAAAGUUCUACAGCCUCUGUCAAUCAUGAGAGCACAGUAGAGCCUUGUGCUAUCAAGCCUGAACUUUAAUUACACAGGCAAAAUGAGAUGGAUGGCAAGAAGCAAUCUUUGCAUUUCCAUUCAGAUCCUUUCAGCUGAUCCAAGAUUCAACACACAAGGGUGUAUUCAGUUGAUUGCAAUAUGCAACCUUACCUCUAAAUGCCACUCAAUUCUCAACACUGGUCCUUUGAGGUCUAAAAAAACAUGUUGAAUACAUUUUAAAACUUUUACAAAACUAAAUUUCUCAGUUUUUCAAAUUAAGCAUUGUUUACAUCAGUGUUCAGAAGCAGCAGUCUUCUUAUUCCCUGCCUUGAUUGGUAAAUUGCAAUAUAUAUUUCGGCAUGUCAAUGGUAUUGGAUAUGGAUAUGGCCGUGGAUAUUCAUGUACAGUUCUAAUGCUGACUGUCAACAGUGUCUGUUUCACAGCUACCAUGUCAGACACGUGAAGCUCAUGGGAUUGUCUUAAGUCAUAAGUAAGUGAGGGCAGAUCGUGUCAUGACCGGACAAGCUAAAGGCCAUAUCAUAAAUAUGAGCAGGAUGGCAGAUAGAGACUACAAACACAAUGCAUUUUAAUUUCCCCCCUUUUCCCCCUGUGAGGACCUGUUGUUUACAGGGGAGGUGAAUGCAGGUGAUGUUUCCCUCCCUAUAAAAAUAAUAUUUUAGAUUUUAAGCUCUAUUACAGCAAUAUAUUUUUAUGCCCCUUUGGGGCAGCGUGACAUGCUGACUCUGACAUAUUAGCGCUGACUUUGUCAGUAGUUUGGUGCUGGGCAGGUCUGCGGUACAAUUAUGACAACAUUUUCACUGCAGCCCUCUGAAAAUACUGUAGUGUUGCUGUGAGCAAAUCAAAGAGUAAAAUCAAAACAAUAAGCUGAUGCCAAAUUGCUCUUAAGAGCUGAAGGGGGCUGAGCAGGCCCCCAGGGGCCUUGCCCGCCCACAGAGCUGCGUAUACCACCAUAGAGUCAGGAGUUUGCAGUGUUUGAUCCCGUGCUCAAUUAAUCUCCCUGUCUUUCAGUACUUUGGACAGCACCGCCAUGGUACACGUUUUUUGCAUCACAAUUUAUAAAUAAUCUGAAAAGUUAAGGUAGGUUACACAUUUCACAUUUUUCAACGAUUUAAACGUGCCAGAGUGCACAAACAGCAUCAAAAUAGAACUUCUUUAUCAACAAAAAAAAAAAUCCCAGGGGAGGACCAAACUCGACAAAGCAGACAGAUAGACAGAGUCCUUGCUUUAUCGUGAGACGCAAGAUGGAACUACUGAGACAUAAGCUAGAAACAUGCAACCCAAAAGACGAUUGGGUCGCAUGUUUCUAGUUAGUUAGAUUGGAUAGGAUUUAUGAGUGGAAAUGUCACGGUUUGGCUGGCCUGAGCAAACUGAUGCGUCUUGUUUUGGUCAGUUUGUCCUUUUGUUUUUUGUCAACAAGCCAAUUUUUCUUUGGAGAAUACAGUCGUCAUUGUCCAUUAUACAGGAUAUAUUAAUGAUAAAAACAUAAUAAUACACCUUUUAUAUCACAUCAAAGAAACAUACCAGGAAAGGAGUAAGCUUCACAGUUCAGGUACUAUAGACACUGUGCAAGAUGAGAAUCAGAAAAAUUACGUUAAUACAACCUGCUUUUUUUCACUGUUUUUUAUAACUGUAAGACGAUCCUCAAUUUAGGGUAGGUCAGUCAUGUACUGAUUUACAAAUGAAGUAUUUCUUACUCAUAAACUCUUUUAAGUAGAAAUUGAGACUGUGUUCAGGACAAUAUCCACAGCCUCAUAGGAGUUUAAGAGAGAUUCAGAUUAUAAAUUAGAAUAAUAAAUGACUGAGGAUGUAUUUUGUAAAUUACAAAACUGAAUUUCACAGUUAGUUCAGUUAAAACUGUUGGCUACUAGAAUAAAUAAUGUUGAAAUUCAAAUGUAUUGCCAAAAUCAUUAUUAUAAUUCUUACUAGCCAAUGGUUUUACCAUGUAAUAACGACGUUUGCAAAGAAAAAACACAUUUGCGUUACUGUGUAUAUUUCUUUUUUAAAUCCCACCGGAUGUAGUUUUUUUUGUAAGACGUAAGCGUCGAUAACAUGGUCAGUAAGGAGGAGACACGUCACUUUUUACUACUUGUUCUUCCACACGUGAGGUAGGAUUACAGACCUGUGAGUCUCUUGUUAUCAGCCGCUAUGGCUCUUAUUUAAUGUAACGUUGGCUAGGGUCCGUGCAUGAAGUAUAAUGUUUCUGACAUUGUUCUCGUUGUGUAAUGAACAAUGUCAUUUUAGGGAUAUUGCCGAAUUUCAUUGGCUUAAUGAUGCUGCCUAAAUGUGGUUAACCCUUUGCCUGUAUUAUUUGUCGCAUUGAAUGAACACGCGCAAUACAAUUCCUCGGACACAAACAUGAGCUUGUUCCCUUAUCUAACUUUAAAAAUGAAAAUCGAUUCAAGGAAGUCGAGACCCGGAAACAGAAAGCUCGCCUUCAAAGUAAAAGUUGUGCGAUUUUAAACGUGUUUGCUCCAGCGAUCAAUUUAAGGAGAGCUAAAUGAAAUAAAUAAACAAAUUGCCUAAAUAAUGAAAACAAUUUAUAACCGGUAUGAAGUCGUAUUUCUGCCACUUUCCCACAACUGAUCCUGAAUAAAUUGGCCAAUGACUGCGAACACUGGAAUUAUCUGUAUAUCAGGAUUCAUUAAAUGAUCAAUUUAUUUAUUUAAUGAAUGCUUCUUAUUAAACUAUUUGGGUGAAUGUUACAGGCUAUACUGUUGAGACUUGUAAUGAGUCUGACGUAUUUGGUGCGUGGAAUUGCAUGCAAGUGUUCAUUCAAUGCGACAAUAACACAGGGACAGCGUUAACCGUGUUAAAACCGCAAUACACACGGAUCAACUCUUACAACUCAGUUGCUAUUUAUUCAGACUCGGUAUGUCACAGUUUCUAUUUAACAUUCAAAAUGUAACUUGAUAUAUUAAUGACACCGUCCACAGUUGUGGGUGUAGUCUGUGCAGUUUGUGGUGAGCUUUUAUCGCGUUUAAUCUGAUUGGUUCCUUCCCAUAAACAAAUAAUAAUUAAUUAGUUAAAGAUAUCGGAAAAUAAGGGACAAAUCAUCACACUUUCCCAGGGUCCAAUAUGGCAUGUUUUAUUUGCAAAUAAACACAUUAGAGAAACUGGAUUUUACAAAUGUCUGUUAUUAUUGUACUAUAAAUUACUUUAAAGUCAUGAUAAGCAAAUUUUUUUUUUAUUAUUUGUGUUGAGGGAGAAUGUUAAUUUCACUAUCACUCAACAAUGGUUUCAAAAUAAAAUAAAAAAAAAUCACAUAAUGGCAAAAAUAUUUAAUUUGAUUUCUAAAGAGGCAUGCAACAUGCAGUAAUACACCCUUUGGCAUGCAUUAUGCCGUAAUACUGUACACCCUUUGGCAGUUUCAUACUAAAUUAUUUAUUUCAAAUUAUUAUAAAUGUGCUAUAGGUUACUAUGAUGCUUUUGUUUUGUAAAUGCCUGCUACAAAAUCCUAAACAUGUUUCAUUUUCAUUCAGCAAUAAUGUUAUCAAAGCAUGUCCAGCCCAACUUCAGCCACGCUCAGGUGGUUGAGAUGGUGAAGAGACUCUUCAAGCUGACGCCAUCAGAAAUCCGCUCUCUGCCGAGCUACGAUGACCAGAACUUCUACGUGGCGGCCAUCGAGGGUGGCGAGUACGUCCUGAAGAUAAUGAACUCGGAGGACAGUAAGAACUCCUCCCUGAUUGAGAUACAGACGUACGCCAUGUCUGUCCUGCACCAGAAUGGACUUCCUGCUCAAACAGCCCUGCCCACUGCUUCAAGACAGCUCAUGAGCCUGGAAGAAGCAGAUUGUGGCUAUGGCUGUCAGAAGUACCUGGUGAGGCUGCUGACUUAUUUGCCUGGAACCACUAUUUCCAAGGUUCCUUUAACACCACAGUUACUUUAUGAAACGGGUAAGAUGGCAGCCAGAAUGGACCAAAUCCUACAAAAGAUGGAGCACCCUCAUCUUGGCGUGCUGCAGAGAGAGAAGUUCAUAUGGAGUCUGUCCAAUGUUCCCCUCCUGGAAGCAUACAUCAAUAUAUUAGAGGGAGAUCCUCUUGAAGAGGUUGUGAAGUCAGUCAUUCAUCAGUACAAGACCUCUGUGAUCCCUAAACGCUCCAAUUUCCGCAGGUGCAUUAACCAUGGUGACUUCAAUGACCUCAAUGUGCUUGUACAACCUGAUGAGAGUGACGGCCACAGGAUUUCUGGCAUCCUCGACUUCGGGGACAUGAACAGUGGCUACUACAUCCAUGAGCUAGCCAUCGCCAUCAUGUACAUGAUGAUGGAGCACCCUCAACCUAUAGAGGUGGGUGGACCUGUCCUCGCUGGCUGGGAAAGUGUCCUUCCCCUCAAUGAGGCAGAGAAACAUUGUCUCUAUGUGCUAGUGCUGUCCCGCUUGUGCCAGUCAUUGGUUUUAGCUCGUCACUCUGUGAUUUUGCAUCCGGAAAAUGCAGAGUAUCUGAUGAUUUCCUCCAGGAGGGGCGUCCACACUCUCCGUCAACUCUGGGAGCUCGGGAAGGAGCAGGUGGAGAAGGCAUGGUUUCAGAGUGCAGCUCAAUUCAGGGACAAAUUGUGAAAAAUGUGUCAGGAAAAAUCUUCAACGCACUGUUGCGGUAUCCACCAAAAAUGUUGCCUGUACCCUCUUUCACAAAGUAUUAACAAAUAAUGUUUUUCCCCAAAAAAAUCUGUUAACAUUAAGUGCAAUCACAACUUUGAUGUUUACUGUGCAGCACACUUAAUUUUACCUCCAAAAAAGCCACCACUCACUCAAAAUGUGUAAAUCAUGUUGAAAUUCUAAAUGCAUGUAUUAACCACACACACAUGUGCAGUCACCAGGUGAACUUUUUUCUAACAGGAAUGCAAGUGGUUAUUAGCUUUAGAUUUGGAUUAUUCAUCUUGUCUUUGCAGGAUCUUAU